GCUGCUGGCUUCUAGCUCCUUAUUUGGAUCCGAUCAACUCCGUUUGCCACUUUCUUCUCCGAUCUGCGGCGCUGGUAGAUGGAUUCCCGCCCAUUGAUUCGUGGAUUGUUGGAUUCGCCAGGAGAGGCCGAAGCAGCUACUUCGGUGGCCUCUUCUGUGCUCGAAGUGGCCGCAAUCGCGCUCAAUAGAGCCUCCAGCUGGUGGAAUGGUGCGGAAACCCCCGUCCUGUUGCAGGAUUGGAUCUUCCGUACCCUUGCAGUCCUCUAUGGCAUCGUUGCCGCCGUUGCCCUUAUUCAGCUGAUCAGAAUAGAAUGUAGAGUUCCGGAUUUUGGCUGGACGACGCAAAAGGUCUUCCAUUUCUUGAACUUCUUGGUAAAUGGUGUGAGGUCAGUUGUCUUUGUCUUAAGGAGGGGCGUCCAGCAUAUAAGGCCAGAGGUCUUUCAACAUGUUGUUCUUGAUUUGCCCAGCCUGGCUUUUUUCACUACUUAUGCACUUCUGGUGCUGUUCUGGGCUGAGAUAUAUUAUCAGGCACGUGCAGUUUCGACUGAUAGACUAAGGCCAACUUUCUACACAAUUAAUGCAGUGCUUUACACCAUACAGAUAGCCUUCUGGCUGGUUUUUUGGUGGAAGCCCAUUCGACCUGUGAUUAUCUUAUCAAAGCUGUUUCUUGCAGGUGUCUCAUUAUUUGCAGCCCUUGGAUUUCUUCUUUAUGGAGGAAGGCUUUUCCUGAUGUUACAACACUUCCCUGUUGAAUCAAGAGGAAGGAGGAAGAAAUUACAGGAGGUUGGCUAUGUGGCAACUAUAUGUUUCCUUUGUUUUCUGGUGAGAUGCAUAAUGAUGUGCUUGAAUGCAUAUGACAAAGAUGCGGACCUUGAUGUUCUUGAUCAUCCUAUUCUGAACCUUACAUAUUAUCUGCUUGUGGAAAUUGUACCCUCGUCCCUUGUCUUAUUCAUCCUAAGGAAGCUACCUCCCAAACGUGCUACUCAGCAUCAUCCCAUUCAUUAGCCAGUGUUAGUUCUGUUGAAGAAUUCAGUUCAUCUCUAGUAUCACAAAAAGACUUCCAACGAAGAGGGAGAAAAAAAAAACCUAAAAAAGGGUUCAAUGUGGGAUGGAGCAUGCAGACUGAAUGCUUUAUAAGUGUAUCGCACUUGUGCGAUGGAGCCAGUAGGAUAUGUAGUGCUUCUGUACAACACUCGUCGGUUUGUGAAAUUUAAUGAAUAAGUUGGGACUUUCGUGUUCAAUGUAGAUCAGUCAUAUUUGGAUGCAUUUACUCGAGUUUUCAGAGAAAUAAUUCUUUAAUUUUCUGCACGAAGAGCGACUGAAGCACAAAAGGAUUCAGCGUGUGUAAUAAGAUAAUUUCUGCGCUAAAAGCUGCAUACCUGCGAGAAGUUGUGAGAAGGGAGAUUUCUUCUGGGAAUGACGAUGAGAAGGGAAAGAAUAUUCUUGUGACCUGCAAUUAUUUGGACCUUGCGGUUCUUUUGAACUCUCUGUGGUUCUUAACCAACCAGUCAAUUGCAAGAAUAUUAGGUGCUCGUUUUUUGUUUAUAAUUCCCAUGAAAGUAACAGUAACAAUGCAUGUAUAACUUGUGAAAGUAUUCAUCUUGCUGCUCUAGCCCUAGGAGGAUUUGGGACAACUGCACAAGGAGUUUGGAUGUCUUUUUGGCGAACAGAAUUCAUAUACUUUAUACUAUGAUACAUUAUGAAUGUUAAUGAAUAUAAAUAUGUAGAAUUUUAUUAUCCUA